AACUAUAUAGACGCAGAACGAGUUAGGCUGAAGGCAUGGCUGAAUUCGAACCGAUUUAAAGGCUCAAGAGGUGAACAACUGGGGGCGCAGGCGGUGCUUUGUCCUGAAAAGCAGGGAGGGUCGAUGCUCGCGCACGCUCAGUCGGGCUUCUCUGGUAACCAGGGAGAGUGGUUGCUAGGAGACCAUGCAACUAAAAGACUCGCCCAACUACCGAGACGGCAAAUGACCCGGCUUCAUGCCAGAAACCGACCUUCCUAGGUAGCCAUCUUGAAAUCUGGCAUAAUUCACGUUCUGGGCCGAAGCCAGGAGUGACAACCAGUAAUGAUAAAGAAGAAAGACAAAAUGCCAACAGGAAUCUGGGGGAAAGGGUAAUGAGUUCUUGUCAUUUCCCAGAGUAUCCAAGAGGAAGGUUGGUUGCCUCUGCCCUUAACAAAAAUGGCCGCCCAGUACUUGGGCGUUAUGUGAAAUAUGGCAGUACUUCCGGUCCAGCUGCCCACAGCGAAGAUGGCGGCAAUGGAGAAGCGGCGGCCUGCGGCUGCCCCAGCGGCCAGUUUCACGGACAACAGCCGGGCGUCAGUGUCUCGGGCGGCGGCGGCGGCGGCUGAGAGCGAGGAAGACUUCUUGCGGCAGGUCGGCGUGACAGAGAUGCUGCGCGCAGCCCUGCUAAAGGUGCUGGAGGCGCGGCCCGAGGAGCCGAUCGCCUUCCUGGCGCACUACUUCGAGAACAUGGGCCUGCGCUCGCCCGCGAAUGGCGGUGCCGGGGAGCCCCCGGGCCAGCUACUGCUGCAGCAGCAGCGCCUAGGCCGCGCGCUUUGGUAUCUCCGUCUGGCCCACCACUCCCAGAGGACGGCCUUCAACAACAAUGUCAGCAUGGCCUAUGAGUGCCUGAGCGCCAGCGGGCGCAAGAAGAAGCCGGGGCUGGAUGGACGCACCUACAGCGAGCUGCUCAAGCGCAUCUGCAGGGAUGGCGAGGCCCCUGAGGCGGUCGUGGAACCCUUGCUGCGCAAGAUCCAGUGCCGCGACCAUGAGGCAGUGCCACUGGACAUCUUCCGCACUGGCAUGCUCACCUGCUUCGUGCUGCUGGAGUUUGUGGCACGGGCCAGUACCCUCUUCCAGCUGCUGGAAGGCCCUGCCAUGGCUGUGGCUGACCGCCGUGUGGGCCAGGCUGUGCUGGACACCCUGGAGGGCGCUCUGCAGGCCAGUGACAAUGCCACAGCACCUGCCUGCUACCUGGAGGCUGGCUCACGCCUGGGGCCAGACAGCCUGGCACUGGCCAUGGAUCGAGCCAUGUCAGGGCGGCGGCCCAGCUGCCCCAUGACCCGUGAGGAGUUCCUGGAGAAGGCAGCUACCCUGUUCAUUGCCAAGGUCAAGCCAGUGGGCUGAGCCCUGCCCAGGCUUACUCAGCGCCCCCCUGGUAGAACAGAUUUGGGACCCAGGUUUGGGUGUCCCUGUGUGCAGGAGGGUGCAGCACCUUGUCUACACCUGGUCAGGACCUGGGCCAAUGCCCCAGUCCUGGGGAGGUUAGACUCCCAGGACAUGGACUCCCCCUUCCCCACAACUGCCUGCUUCCCUGUGGCCCCUCCGCUCCCUCAGGACCUCGGCCGGGCAGAAUAAAACCUGCUGCUGAGGCAAAUCCAUGUGUGCUCUAACCUCCCAACCCACUUGCCCUGUGGGUCCGACAGCUGAGUGGCACUGCCAGCUCCUCCAUAAUGCUGGCCUCUCUGUAAUACAGGACCCUGGGCAGGUUUCCCCAGCUGUCAAAGAGGUUGGCUGGGCAGAUGACAGCAAUACUGAUGAUAGUAACAGCUUACACACCUUCAAACAACUAUAGCAUCUUACAUAAUUCUCUCCACUGCUCCGUGGGGAAGGUAGAUUGUUGCUGACACCUGGCAGAUGGAGAGACUGAGACCCAGAUGGGUGGAGGGUCACACCCCAGUAAGGGGCCAAACAGGGAUUUGGGCCCAUGCUCAGAACACACACCCCACGCUACCCACCAAGGUCCAUUCAAAAUCACAUGCACCUGUAGGAGUCAGCCAUUGAGCACUCAGCAGGCACCCUGGGUACACCCACACACACUGAAUCACUUCCUGGAUGGAGAAUUCUGUGGGGAGCAGGAAGAGCCAGUUUGGAAUCAGAUUCCCAGCUCAGAACAGUUCCUGGCAAACGACUUCACAUUGUUGGCCUCAGUCUGCCCCUCUGUUAAAUGGGCUCAUGACAGCCCCUAUUCUGACUGGGGGAAAUUUCCACAAGCUCCACAAUGGCAGGGACCACCCCUGUACCCGUUUCCUAACACUGGGCAAAGUCAGCAAAGAGUAGGCAGUGAGCGAAACAAAGGACCAAUGAAUCUCGGAAGAUCACCUGUUUCCCAGAAAUAGGUACAAUAUUUCCAUUCCCACUCUUCCAUGAUCCAGAGGUAGAACCUACAUCCCUUCUCCUUGACCUCCAGUGGCUUCUCCUAGCUCUCCCCUGGGACUUGUGUGGUGAGGAGGCUCCAGUGCAGGUGCAUGUACCACUUGGCAGCUCCUGCUUUGCAGAUUUUGUGAGCUAAAUAAAUGACUGUUGUAACCUCCUGA